UCACUGAGAAUCGCCCGCGCCAGGGCGCAGCGCUACAAGUGUAGGCAGAGUGUGGGUGGGGCGAGAGGGGACUAAGGAGCCCCCGCGGCUCCCAACGCCGGGGCGUCGGUUCUUCAUCCUGCCCUCGGGGCGGACGGAGCGAUCCCGGCCCCCCUCCACGCCCCGACCAUGGUAGUGUUCAAUGGCCUUCUUAAAAUCAAAAUCUGCGAGGCUGUGAGCCUGAAGCCCACAGCCUGGUCGCUGCGCCAUGCAGUGGGACUCCGGCCACAGACUUUCCUUCUGGACCCUUACAUUGCCCUCAACGUGGACGACUCGCGCAUCGGCCAAACGGCCACCAAGCAGAAGACCAACAGCCCGGCCUGGCACGACGAGUUCGUCACCGACGUGUGCAACGGGCGCAAGAUCGAGUUGGCCGUCUUCCACGAUGCCCCCAUCGGCUACGACGACUUCGUGGCCAACUGCACCAUCCAGUUUGAGGAGCUCCUGCAGAACGGGAGCCGCCACUUCGAGGACUGGAUUGACCUGGAGCCGGAAGGCCGAGUGUAUGUGAUCAUCGAUCUCUCGGGGUCGUCAGGUGAAGCCCCUAAAGACAAUGAAGAGCGCGUGUUCAGGGAGCGCAUGCGGCCCAGGAAGCGGCAAGGGGCCGUCAGGCGCAGGGUCCACCAGGUCAACGGCCACAAGUUCAUGGCCACCUACCUUCGGCAGCCCACCUACUGCUCCCACUGCAGGGAUUUUAUCUGGGGUGUCAUAGGAAAGCAGGGAUACCAAUGUCAAGUGUGCACUUGCGUGGUCCACAAGCGAUGCCAUGAGCUCAUCAUCACGAAGUGUGCUGGAUUAAAGAAACAGGAAACUCCCGACGAGGUGGGCUCCCAGCGGUUCAGCGUCAACAUGCCCCACAAGUUCAGUAUCCACAACUACAAGGUCCCCACCUUCUGCGACCACUGUGGGUCCCUGCUCUGGGGCCUCUUGCGGCAGGGCCUGCAGUGUAAAGUCUGCAAGAUGAACGUCCACCGACGCUGCGAGACCAACGUGGCUCCCAACUGUGGAGUGGACGCCAGAGGAAUCGCCAAAGUCCUGGCAGACCUUGGCGUCACCCCAGACAAAAUCACCAACAGUGGCCAGAGGAGGAAAAAGAAGCUGCCCAUGCCUUUUCCCUGGUGCCUCUCAGAAGAGCCUUCUCCCUUGAAUGGGAAGCUCCUUGCUGGUGCCGAGUCCCCGCAGCCCGCUUCUGGAGGCUCACCCUCUGAGGAAGACCGGUCCAAGUCAGCACCCACCUCCCCUUGUGACCAGGAAUUAAAAGAACUUGAAAACAACAUCCGGAAGGCCUUGUCAUUUGACAACCGAGGGGAGGAGCACAGGGCAGCAGGGUCCACCGACGGCCAGCUGGCGAGCCCCGGAGAGAACGGUGAAGUCCGGCAAGGCCAGACCAAGCGCUUGGGCCUGGACGAGUUCAACUUCAUCAAAGUGUUGGGCAAAGGCAGCUUUGGCAAGGUCAUGUUGGCGGAGCUCAAAGGCAAAGACGAAGUAUAUGCUGUGAAAGUCUUAAAGAAGGACGUCAUCCUUCAGGACGACGAUGUGGACUGCACGAUGACAGAGAAGAGGAUUUUGGCUCUAGCGCGGAAACACCCGUACCUAACCCAACUCUAUUGCUGCUUCCAAACCAAGGACCGCCUCUUUUUCGUCAUGGAGUAUGUCAAUGGUGGAGACCUCAUGUUCCAGAUUCAGCGCUCCCGAAAAUUCGACGAGCCUCGUUCCCGGUUCUAUGCUGCAGAGGUUACGUCAGCCCUCAUGUUCCUCCACCAGCAUGGAGUCAUCUACAGGGAUUUGAAACUGGACAACAUCCUUCUGGAUGCAGAAGGUCACUGCAAGCUGGCCGACUUUGGGAUGUGCAAGGAAGGGAUUCUGAACGGUGUGACGACGACCACGUUCUGUGGGACGCCUGACUACAUCGCUCCCGAGAUCCUGCAGGAGUUGGAGUACGGCCCCUCUGUGGACUGGUGGGCGCUGGGGGUGCUGAUGUAUGAGAUGAUGGCUGGGCAGCCCCCCUUCGAGGCCGACAACGAGGACGACCUGUUUGAGUCCAUCCUCCACGACGACGUGCUCUACCCCGUCUGGCUCAGUAAGGAGGCCGUCAGCAUCCUGAAAGCUUUCAUGACCAAGAACCCCCACAAGCGCCUGGGCUGUGUGGCAGCACAGAAUGGCGAGGACGCCAUCAAGCAGCACCCGUUCUUCAAGGAGAUCGACUGGGUGCUCCUGGAGCAGAAGAAGAUCAAGCCACCCUUCAAACCUCGAAUUAAAACCAAAAGAGACGUCAAUAACUUUGACCAAGACUUUACCCGGGAAGAGCCAGUACUCACGCUUGUGGAUGAAGCAAUUGUGAAGCAGAUCAACCAGGAGGAAUUCAAAGGUUUCUCCUACUUUGGUGAAGACCUAAUGCCCUGAGCGUUCCCCCCGCCCCCCAGGUGGAGUUUGGUGAUGCUGCAAGAAGGGGUGCGGUGAAGAUGGCUGUUUUCCAGAGGCUCAGAAGGUCUUGAACUACUUCUCCUCCCCGGAGCCCCGAUCCCUGUCCACUCUAUUUAUUGCAUUCCCUUAGCCCAGGCCAGCUCCUGCCUCCUCCUGCCUGGUGACCAGAAGGCACUCUUGGCUCUCGGCGCACCGGGAAAGCAGCACCGUGUUGGGCCGGCCGUUAGCUGGACACGUCGCUGUGUUUGGUCUGUUGGGGAGCCUGUUUCUACUUCUCAGGGGCUCCUGGCAGUGAAGCGACUUCAGUUCUUUCACUGCAAAGGAAAAUGUAAAAGGCAAACAAGAAGACUCGGGCUCUGCAAUUGAACGUAGAAUUCCAACAACUCUUGCUUCUCAUCCCUCCAGUCCCCCCCGCCUGCCAUCCUCUGCCCUUCUGUGUGGGGGAAGAGAUUGCUGCUUCAGCCUGAGGGGGGCGCCCUGAGGUGCCUGUGAAGGAGAGAGACUGGGCGAGGCGCAGGUUGGCUGCCUGUGGUGGUGUGUCUGGAAUGGCUAAUUCUUGCUUGCUUUGGUGUUGGCUUGGGGGCAUGCCAAAGUUGUGGAAGCAUGUAUCUUGUGGAAGAAAUUACUCUUUUUGAAAAAGAAAAUUUGAUUUUGCACUCUCUUAACGUUUGGAAAAGAUAUCCUCAAAUUUGCUAAUUGGCCAACAGAUACAGAUUCCAGUGUUAAUACAGGUUGAUAUUAAAGGGCUAAUAUGCAACGAGAAACCAGUUGUCCAAAGUUUAUACUCCUAAUGCAUUGGUGGCGCACGGGGGCUGUACGAAUUGAGAGAAAAGGAAACAAGCGUGGUCCUCGUUAUUAACAUUCUGCCUGAAUACGAAGGCCACCGCCCUGAUGGCCACGGCCCUGGGGUUCUCGCAAAACUCAGCUCCCAAAUUCUCUUUCCAGUUUCGUCCUGAGUUCCCAGCAUAAACUCUAUUUAUUUUCUGCAGCAGUGUGUUAUUUUUGCGCACUUCUACAAAAUGGUAGUACUACUGUGUUGUGGUUUUUAAACAUUAAACAUGUAAAGUUGAAUAUGAAAUACCUGCUUUUGGAACAAGCAGAAUGAGGUUAAACAUGAGUCCUGCAGAGCGUGUCAAGAGACUGAAAAGCAACUUGCCUGGAAACUGACAACGUGGCCGGACGGACUGGGAGGCUUGUUCCUGUGUGACGCGGAAAGGCAACUCAUGUGGACACUAUUUAAUGGAUGCGAUGUUACCUCCUGUAGAUAUGCUAACAGUGUUACGUUCUUUUAUUCCCAAGGGUUCUCUGUGGCUUUGUGUAUAUGUUUCCCGGAGGUCAUUUGAUUAUCUAUUUUGCUGAACUGAUUUAGCAGGGAAUGGAAUCCAUUCCAACUGUUGCACGUGGAUUUCCCAGCUGCCCCUAAAUAUAUAUACUUGUGAGUGGCAAAGUGGCACCCACGAAGCUUUUUGCCUUUUGUACAUUUGAGAUUUUUGUAUAUAGUGUUUGCUGCAAGGCCUGUGGAAUUAAUUCAUUGAAUUUAGAGGUAUCAACUGCUGCAUGUUCAGGCAUAUUAUAAAACUUUAGUCUAUGAAAGAAUAAUUCUAAUAACGUCCAGGUGCAAUACUCUGUAUGUGUAUUGGUUCAAGUUACCGAGAGAUAAGUUGUGUUUGUUUCUUGGGGGGGCGGGGGGGGCGGUCAGGGAGCUCCUGUGUAUUGUUUAUUUCAUUUUGGUUUGUUUUAAAAGAUGUAAACAUAUAUUAAGCUAUAUUAAAUCUCACAUAUAGUUCUCCUGGGCUCUUUUCUGCCCUGAUAGAGAUGGGGAAGAGAAAGGAAUGUUUUUGGAUGGUGGUGUCAAAGCCUGGACAGUGACCAGCUCGAGCCCAUAGGGAGUUGCUGUCCGUAUUUGCACCUGGCGGGUCAUGGCCUUUGUUACUAAUGGUGACAUUCAGUUCUCUUUUGUUUUUAUUUUUUAAAAACUCAGGUGUAAUUAUUAUCUGUUCUUAUGAUAAUUUCAAAUACUAUGCUCUAUCAAUUUGUGUGUUUGGCACACCAGCGAAGUGAUGAAGAACAGUGGAUUAAUUUAAUUUAUCUUCGGUAACUUGACGUGCUGGGGAGAGACUAUCUUUUGGAGUUGAGUACAAGCACAGAAACAUCUUCAUGGUGGCAUCAUCUCAUUUUUUUAGGAAGACAUGACAGUACUGCCCUUCAUACUCAUGCCUCACUACUGCUCUCUCUUUUUCCUCUGCUUCCCUGGCCAUGAGGAACUUUGAACAACCAGGCCAGCUCCAACUGCAAUGCCCAAUGGCCUUGUCCAAGGACGUGGUGGUGGUCCCAUGUCGGCGGGGGUUGGACCCUUUCAACAGGACAACUGGCAUUUUUGCUGGGAAGUCAAAUAAGAAUACAUUCCACCCAGCAGCUCCAGGCAGGCAGUCAAUAGGUUGCCUGGCCCAGUGACAACCCCGUCAGUACCCGAAGCGCCAUGCUUGCUGGGUCACCUCCUCCUUGGGGCUGGAGCUGGCCAAGCUCUCACACUGGCAGAUUCAAAUCCCAUGUUGUCUAUAGGAAAAGGCUUGUGUGUUCCUUGAGUAUUCAUUGCUUCAUUUUAGUUUUCACAAGCGUUUGGAAGCGGACACACUGUUACAUUUCUGCUGAUUCUAAUCUUUCCAGCGCUCGCUCUCUCUCUCUCUCUCUCUCUCUCUAAGAAAAGAAAAAUGGAGUGUAAAAAAAAAAAAGCCAAAACACAUAUGAAGGAUAGCUGUCCUCCUGUGUUCUCUCAUGAUGGAAGUGAGAAACCUUGUGGAGUGGAAACAUAACUUUUUCCUCCAAAGGUGAAAAAAAAUCAAUGCAUUCUUGCUUUAAGGAAAAACAGAAGAAAGCUAAAAAAGAAAUUACCUCUUUUUAAAUUAUGUGCAAAAUAAUUCUGGCUAAAUAGAAAAUGUAUUCAAUUUUAAGGAUUUUCUUUUUUUUUUUUUGUAUUGUGAUGCUUUAAUUUGUACAUUUUUCCCCCUUUCUGGAUGUAAUUUUAAUCUCUUGCCAUUCAUUAGUGUUAUUUCAUUGUAAACAUUAUUGUGCCAAAUGUACUGUAUUCAAAAGGAUGUGAAUGUGUAUGUUUUCCGAACCUAAUAAAUACAAUGAUGUUAAAUCUUA